AUGCCAUCUUCGUUGCAACAAGAUCCAAAGACAUACUGUAUCGAUCAUUUCGGCCAUCGCUUUGAUCCUAUUGCAACAGAACCUUUGAGCACCCGUGCUUGGAUCUUACAGGAGCGAGUGUUAUCACCUAAAACAAUCCAUUAUGCAAAUAGCGAGAUGUUCUGGGAACGUCAAACUGGCAUAUUCGCUGAAGACGGUGCUAUGUUUCAGAGACAAUCUGUUGGAUUUUCUGACUUGCUCGAAGCAAAACCACCAAAUAUCUACAGUAUCUGGGAACAACUUGUCGAAGAAUACACAGGUCGACGUCUUACGAGGGAAACUGACAAAUUACCCGCCCUAUCUGGUAUGGCAAAAAUUUUAGCAUCUGCUAACCACGAUGAAUACGUCGCAGGACUUUGGCAGAAUUGGAUCAUUCAAGGCUUAAAUUGGAAAGUAUCAACGUAUGAACCUUAUACUAGAAAAAAUGGCGGCGACGACGACGACGACGAUGACAACAAUGACAACAAUAUAGAGGAAGACAAUCAUGAGAUAGACCUUUUUAGUGUCGUAGUAUAA